CCUACUUCCUGCUGUGAGUUGCGGGUCAGACAGGCAGGACUUAAGGUGGAUCUUCAUGUAAAACACUUCUACUAUCACCGGCGUUUGCCAUUUCAUCUGUUUUAAAAACAACAAAAAAGAUUUAUAGCGAGCAGAAUUGGGGAGCGUCUGGACGAACAUGGCCACGGAUAUAACAAAAGGUUUGCAGCAAGUGUCUGUCGUUGAGCUGUACGCGUCAGACAAAUGUGGCAACGACCAGGAUGGAGAUGGCUCCCAGCAGAAACCCUUCAAGACUCCUCUCAAGGCUCUGCUGUUCAUCGGUAAAGAACCAUUCCCUACCAUCUAUGUAGACUCACAGAAAGAGGAUGAGCGCUGGGCAGUGAUUUCCAAGACGCAAAUGAAGAAUGCAAAGAAGGCUUUUGCCCGAGAGCAAGCCAAGAACGAGUCCAAGGACAAAAAGGAGGCAGAAGACAAUGAGAGGAGAGAGAAGAACCUGGAAGACGCCAAGAAAAUUGUUAUUGAAAAGGACGCCAGUUUGCCCGACCCGGAAACGGUUAAAAUUAAUCUUCUUGAAACAAAAAGGGGGCAGCGAGUCAAAGUCUUUGGAUGGAUUCAUCGCCUAAGGAGGCAAGGAAAGAAUUUGAUGUUUAUCGUGCUGAGAGAUGGAACCGGUUUUCUCCAGUGUGUGCUGUCUGAUAAACUGUGCCAGUGCUACAAUGGCUUGGUGUUGUCCACUGAGAGCACUGUAGCCCUGUAUGGGACUGUAACACCUGUUCCUGAAGGAAAACAGGCGCCAGGGGGCCACGAGCUCCACUGCGACUUCUGGGAGCUGAUUGGCUUGGCACCGGCGGGCGGGGCCGACAACCUUCUGAACGAAGAGUCCGACGUGGACGUCCAACUGAACAACCGACACAUGCUGAUCAGAGGAGAGAACGUCUCCAAGAUCCUCAAAGUGCGCUCCGUGGUCACGCAGUGCUUCAGGGACCAUUUCUUCGACCGCGGAUACUACGAGGUUACUCCUCCAACUUUGGUGCAGACUCAGGUGGAGGGCGGAUCCACACUGUUUAACUUCAACUAUUUUGGCGAGCAGGCGUACCUGACACAGUCCUCCCAGCUUUACUUGGAGACAUGCAUACCUGCACUGGGCGACAGCUUCUGCGUCGCUCAGUCAUACAGAGCCGAGCAGUCCCGCACCCGCAGACACCUUUCUGAGUACACUCACAUUGAGGCCGAGUGUCCCUUCAUAACCUUUGAGGAUCUUCUAGACAGACUGGAGGACUUGGUUUGUGACGUUGUGGACCGAGUUCUGAAAUCUCCUGCCGCCCAACUGCUCUAUGACGUCAACCCGAACUUCAAACCCCCCAAGAAACCAUUCAAGAGGAUGAACUACUCGGAAGCCAUUGAGUGGCUCAAAGAACACGACGUCAAGAAGGACGACGGCACCUACUACGAGUUUGGAGAGGACAUCCCCGAGGCCCCGGAGAGGCUGAUGACCGACGCCUUCAAUGAAACCAUUCUGCUUUGUCGUUUCCCUGCUGAGAUCAAAUCCUUUUACAUGCAGCGCUGCACUGAAGACAGACGCCUCACGGAGUCGGUUGACGUUUUGAUGCCAAAUGUGGGCGAGAUAGUGGGAGGCUCCAUGCGUAUAUGGGAUUCUGAGGAGCUGCUAGAAGGCUACAAGAGGGAGGGCAUCGACCCCACCCCAUACUACUGGUACACCGAUCAGAGAAAGUACGGCACGUGUCCUCACGGCGGCUACGGUCUGGGCCUGGAGCGCUUCCUCACCUGGCUGUUGAACAGACAUCACAUCCGAGACGUCUGCCUUUACCCGCGAUUCAUCCAACGCUGCCGACCCUGAACACGCCGCAUGUGGCGCCAACAUGUGAGCUACGCUGUCGAAUCACGUGCUGCACAAUUAAAUGUUUGUCCCAUGUCUUUUUA